AUUUACAUAUUCGAAGCCUAUGCUACAACUGUACAAUGGUAUGAGUAUGGAAAGAAGGCUUUGUAUCGAGAAGUUGUUAUGUAUAUAUAAAGGCUUGCGAGACCUCGAACUGUUUAGUCUGUCUGCGCGGUCCCGUUGAACCGGUCGCGGGCUGAUUGACCCCCACUACACACCUUCGGCUUUAUUCUACCACUCCAAGCUAAACAUUAAACAUGAGGGCAAUCGGCUUCGUCGUAGCCCUUGCGGUUGUGACGGUGUGUCACGCCGCCACACCUGAGCUACGGUUUGCAUGGAAACAGAUGGACUUUGCUUGGGAGACUCCAGAAAGCAGAGCAAAUGCUAUUAAUGAGAAGAGAUUUAUCCCUGAGAACAAUCUGCCAUUAGGAUUAGCACGUUGGAAGAACAAAGUAUUUGUUACUGUGCCCAGAUGGAAGGCUGGUGUAGCUUCUACAUUGAACUACGUAGAUCUAGAUGGGCCUCAAGACCAAGCUUUAAAACCUUACCCAUCUUUUAAGGACAACUUUGUACCCGAUGACGCAAAGGAAUUACCUUCAAAUAGCUCGUUGAUCUCAGUUUUUCGAGUGUUCGUGGACGAGUGCGACAGAUUGUGGGUCAUCGAUUCUGGAAUGGCAGACAUCUUUGGAGCUGGAAAUCAAAUCAACGGGCCCUCGAUCGUAAUCUUUGACUUGAAGACUGACCAGCUGAUUCAUCGGUACCAGUGCAAGGCUAGUGACAUGAAAGAAGAUUCGUUCUUCGCUAAUAUUGUUGUAGAUGUAAACAAAGACACUUGUGAUGACGCAUACGCCUACAUUCCGGAUUUGGGAGGCUACGGAGUAGUGGUAUACAGUCUCAAACAGGACGACUCUUGGAGGAUAUCCCAUCACUACUUCCAUUUUGAACCUUUGGCGGGUUCGUACAACGUCAGCGGUAUCGAGUUCCAGUGGACUGAUGGUGUAUUCGGAUUGGCUCUCUCAGAACCUAGAGAGGAUGGGUAUAGGACAAUGUUCUUCCACGCAUUUUCCAGCACCAAAGAGUUUUGUGUAUCCACCGAGUUACUCCGCAAUUACAAGCAUAUUGACAAGAUCGAAGCAUUCCAUGACUUCAAGCUCCUGGGUGAUAGAGGUGAACGCACGCAGUCAGCUGCCAGUUACUACGAUCCUAAAACACAUGUCCUGUUUUACACACAGGUGAACCGUGACGGAGUGGCAUGCUGGAACUCCAACAAACCAUACACACCAGACAACAACCCUCUUAUUGUGACUGACCCCAAACUUUUCGAGUUCCCCAACGACUUGAAGGUGGACAGUGAAGGAACCCUGUGGGUGCUUACUGACAAAUUAGCUCGCUUCCUAUACAAGACUAUAGACCCGAACGAGGUCAACUACAGAAUAUUCAGCAUCGACACGACUCAGGCGAUCGAGGGAACUACGUGUCAAUAAGCUGUUUUUCCGUGUCCGUGACAAUAUUUGUCGCGGAUAUCUUACUUAAUUUAAAUAGACUACUACUUACAAACCAACAUGAAGUUAUCUAUUAGAAAGAUAUUUAAGUAUAUCUACUUGAUAUUAUAAAAUAAAUCUAAUAUUUUAUAAGUAGUAGGUCACAUAACAGUAUUGUUAUAUUUCGUAUGUAAGUA